AUUUUUAAACACGCUUCAAGUAUUUCUAAAUUUCAGUAGGAUACAAUCCUGGGUGGUAAUUUGGCGUUUGACAUACUACAUAUAAGUAUGUGUACAAAUUGACAAUUCGUUAGCCGUUAUAGGAAAACAUCAAUUGGAAAUUGAGUUUAAACAGAAACAUAUGUAUGUUGAAGAUUUUAAUAAUACAUAUUAUUGUUAUUUAUAAGUUUAUAUGGUUUAUAUUGUGUAUAAGUGUUGUUGCUGAAAUAAAGCAACAUUAAGGUAAGGUGUAUAAAUAUAUUAGAAAUAUGUCGAAGUUUUUAAUAAGUUUGUGUUUACAGAAGAAUGCCGAAAUCUUGUGUGUGCGGAUGUGCGGCAGCUGAAUCAUUCUACAAAUUCCCAUCGGAACGAGAAUUAGCAAGGAUUCCAUCAAAUUUUAAAACACGAAUCCGAUAGAGAAAAUGCCGCUUUUGCAGUCAAUGGAGCAAAGUAUGAGUUUGUUAGGAUGCCGGUUGGGUUGAAAACGCACCCUCAAUCCUUCAACGAUGCGUAGACGAUAUCUUACGAUAAUAUAUUGGUAAAUUUGCAUAUGUAUACAUAUAUAGACGAUGUAUUAAUAUUCUCUUCCUCACCCGAAGAAUGUAUUAAACACGUUUCAACUAUACUAAAUGCACUACAUAAAGCCAAUACGAAAAUUUCAGAACAAGAUUGAAACAAUAAAAAAUAUCCCAGUUCUAAAAAACUCUUUAAGAACUAUGGUCAUUUUUAGAAUUAGCUAGUUAUUAAAGAAAAUUUAUUAAGAAUUUUGCAUCUAUCACUAAACCUUUAACACUUCAUUUAAGAGGAGAUCAAAGAAUGAUAAGAAAAAAUUAGAGCGCCAAAGUAGACAUAAAAUUAGACGAGGCGAGGUAUGAUGCACUGCAAAAAAUAUAAAUAGUACUUCGGGAACAAAUAGAAUUUUUUCAACCAGAUUCAAAAAGGUGGAAAAAUUUAAUUGAAGAAUAUGGAGCAAAACUUGUUUUUAACCAGGACACCAAAAUAUUGUAGCAGACGCUUGAUCAAAACAACAAAUAAAUGCGACUACUGAUUGUUCUCAACAUUCGGCAGAAAGUUCACCUAUAGAACAUUUCAAACGGGUAAAACAAUCAUUGAAUUCAUUUAAAAAUUAAAUUGUACAUAUGUAUGUAUUUAUGACCCAACAAACAUAGGCGUAUCAACGAAAACAAUUUUUCCAAAUAGAGUACGUCAUACAAUCCACUACAAAGACAAGAAUGACUUAAUAGAAAAAUUAAAAGAAAUUGCAAGACCAACUGUCACGAACGCUUUAGAAAUAGACGAGGAAAUAUCAUUUCAUGUCAAAGAUGACAUUAUUGCUAAUUUUCCAACUUGCACUAUUGUAAUAUCACCAAAUCUAUUGAUAGAUGUUAUAAACAUAGACGAACAAUAGGAACUAGUAGUAAAGACACACAGACGUGCUCACCGCAAUUAUAAAAAAAACACACACAAGAAAUUUUACUUAAAAAUUUUUGCCCCAACAUUAAGGUGUAGAACGGAAACAAUGAAAUGUGAAAUUUAUUUACAACACAAGUAUGAAAGACUUCCAAACAAUCAACCUAUAAGAAAAACUCCAAUUCCAACAAAAGUGGGGGAAUACAUACAAAUAGAUAUAUUUCACAUGAAUAUACAUAUAUAAAUGAGCUCCACUGAUAACUGCUCAAAAUAUUGUUAAUUACGAAAACUGGAAAACAAACUAAAUUGUAAUGAGUACAUAGAGUAAAUAUUAUCUCAAGUGUACCCCAACGUCAAGCAUCUUAUGACUGAUAAUAAAAAUGUGUUCGUAGGCAACCUAGCGGAGGCAGUGUAUAACAUACUUCAAAUGACACAUGCAUGGACUUCAAUACACCAUUCAACAACGAACGGUCAAGUUGAACGGGUUCGCAGUACGCUAAUCGAAAUUUCGACAAGCUUAGCUAGCGAAAACAAAACAGUUCCUGGCGAAGAAUUGUUUAAACGCGGUACGAUAGUACAAUAAAACUAUCCAUUCAACUACUGGAUAUAAACCGGAAGACGUAUUUUCCAAUCGGGCAAAGUAUUUGGAAAUAGAAGAUGUUUACUCAAAAAUCAAGGAAGAGUAUUAAAUUACACUGGCCCACAAAAAGAAAAAAAAUUUGGUGCAUAGAUAGUGUCGACGGUUUUGGACUAAGUGUCAAUUGGUAAAACUAAAUUAUUUUGAUUUUUUUCCCCUACGUGUCGUUUCCGAUAUACGCCCACUUUUGAAUAUUGGCUGUAAUCAGUACUUUAACUAGUUCUUUUUGCUAACUUAUCGUAACAUUUGUGCAAAUAUAUUUAUUCUAACAUCAUGUCUUCAUCGCGAAGAAGUUGUCUUAAGGAGCCAAAUGUGAUUUGGUUCAUCUGUGGUGAAUUCACAGUUAAAAUAUAUAGAAAACCUAUAACUAAUUUUCUAAGAAGUGCCUAUUUUUCUUAUUUCAACUCAAAAAUUGUGGAUGAAUACAAGCCGUGGAUACCUCAAAUGGUUCAUAAAAUAUAUUGUGAAUACUCGAGACAGUGGGUCAGCAUCAAAGAAACCGUGUGAGUCAGUUCUUCGUGCUCAUUAAAUAAAAUUAAAAGAGGGGUAUCAAAAUAUAGCACGCGUGUUAGACAAAGUCAAACAUAACGAACACCAAAGGAGUAGUCGUGUUGAUUUUAAAAUGGUCAAAUUCUUAUUAGGACAGCAGAGUGGAUACACCAAAUACCCAUCAACAGUGGGAAAAAAGUGAUUGUCCUAUAAAAUGUCAUCAACCCACCUUUGGUUUCAAGAAAUAAAAUUAUAUUGUCCCCCACGCACAUAAAACUAGGCUUAAUGAAACAAUUUGUUAAUACGAUAGAUGAAAAUGGACAAUGUUUUUCUUAUAGACAUAUCAAGGAAAAUUACUGGUCUAAGCAUAGAAUAGUUUAAACAGGAAUUUUUGACAGUCCAAAGAUAAGAACUUUAGUUCGAUGAAUAAUUUGGAACAAUAAUUUGAACUUCGUUUGUCCAUCAAUGUGCACUACCUCCACAGUCAUCACUUCAUUCAAUUUCCAGAGGAUCUUGGAUUUUAUAGCGAGGAACAGGGUGAGCGGUUUCACCACGGCUUUAAAACCUUAGAGGAGAGGUGUCAAGGACGAUGGGAUCGGUAUAUGAUGGCCUACCAGCAGCAGGGGUAUGCAACGCGAUUGUCCUAAUAAAUCUCAUUCACGAAAGUCGCGAAAAAGAAAAUUUUUGUAUACAUGAUAAUUUAAUAAAUGCUGUUUUCCUUUAUAAAUUUGUUUUUUUGUUAGAUGCAAAUAUUAAGAAAAGUACACGUAGGAAGUCGAAAUUUUUGGUAUGUCUGUAAUCAGAAAACAGUUCUAAGUUAAUAAAAUAAUACAGUUUAUUGGCAGCAAAACUAGUGUUGACCAGUGUUAUGCCGUCAAUAUAAAAUUCAUUAUCGUGUGAUGAGUAAUGUAAGAUCUUUCAGAAUUUUCAUUAUCUAGAUAAAUCUCGGUGUUAGAUCGGACGCGGUUAUUUUUUUUAAGCGCGCCCUAAGGCCGCCAACACAAAAAGAACUGAAGACGCUCAGGUAUUGGUCCGACCAGGGUUUUUUUUGAAGCGUAGCUGAAGGCCAACAAAGUGAAAAUGAAUUCAACGUGACAGGACUGAAGACACCUAGGUGUUGAACCGACUAGCGUUAUUUUUUUAAGCGCGGCCUAAGGUCGCCACUACAGAAAGGAGUUCUGUGCAAAAAACUAAUAAUGUGUUAUUUAAACACGGAUUUUAAAAAGUUAAAUUUUUGACCUUUAAUUGGAAAUAUCUCAAAAGCCAUAAGUCAGCGCCAGCUAUAUAGUAAAAUUAGUCAAAUAAUUGUGGCACAAAUCCCUAAUAAAUUAAAUACAAACACAGAAUUGCGAGUGCAUAUUGCAAAUACAUAAUGAAUGGGGAUAUGUGAUUUUAUAAGUAGUUCAUUACUUUUAGUAGUAUGUUUUGGCUGUUAACGUUGUUUAGUUUGUCGUAAUUUAGUAAUUUUGGGUUAAACAGUCCAAGUCGCGAAAGCUGCAUGCUCUUCUCCAAGUCUUCAAUAUAUUCAAUAAAUUGCAUGAGUUCGUAGACGAGUGUAUCAGUACUGUUUCUGUUAUUUUCUCUGUAGUCCAUCAUUAACGAAUUUUAUUACGUCGUUAAAUUCAUCCAUUGUAAUUGAGUUUUCAGCGACCGCGUUUAAUUUCUCCUCAAUCAUUACUCAAUCAGAUUCGUCAAAUGUUCCGAAAAGAUAUUUGAAAGCGGAACCUACAAUGUUAAGAAAACCACGUUUUUAUAUUUAUUCCCUAUGCAAAGUUAUUGCACAUAAUAUUUUUAUUAGUUUAUUGUAUGUCUGAAUUGUUUUGUACUUUAUUGCCAAAAUAUGUCGUUAUUGCAGGGAUUUCUGUUAAGUUGAUUGUUAAACAAUGGUGUUCGAACACUGAUGGCACUUGAACUGGUUUGCUUUAAAAAAGAAGAUAAUCGUGAUCGGUAUAUGGUGGAUAAUAGUAAUAUUCACGAUAAUUCGCCAGGAACUUGGAGAAUUGGAACUUCGUUAAUUGUUUUCGUUUUUUAAUCUGUGUUUUGUAAUAGUUAGAUAUUCUAUUUCGGUUAGUUAUUUUGUAAUGUCGGCAUUUCUUAGCACAAUUGUGCAAACUAAUUUCACACGUACGCUUAUGCUCUAUCGUUCAGUCGUUGUCGAGCCCUCAGUAUAUACAGUAAUAAACCUUUGCUUUGUUUACAUACAUAUACUCAACUCUAAGAAAUCUUAUGCCCGGUUUCACAGUCCAUACUUAGGUUGUGCUUAAGAUAAAACAGGAAAAUUGUGAUUCACAGUUCAUACUUAUAUAAUGCUUAAAUAUUUGUGAAAAGAAGAAUAAUAAGAUAUAACAAAUUAUAUUUUGUGAAAAAAAUAUGGAAUCGGAUUGGCAUUGCGAUUUUGAUAGUGACCCAGAAUACGAUGACCUCUGGAAUGUUAUAAUAAUGCGACGAACAAAAGAAAUCAGGUCCCGGCCAAAAUUCUUCAAGCUAUAUGACGAUAAAGAUUUCCGCGACAGAUUUUGGAUUAGCAAAAAAACAGCCUGGAAUGUGCUCGAUUGUAUUCGACUACAAAUUGAACACAAAACCAAGUGGAAUCAUGCAUUAUCACCAGAACAAAUGCUUUUGCUUACAUUGAGGUUUUAUGCUACGGGAAGUAUGUUGAGGACAGUAGGAGAUUUAUUAGGAGUAUCUCAAAGUACGGUAUCAAGAGUUAUAACAGUAGUGUCGCACCACAUAGCCCAAUUAAAAGACCAUCACAUUUAUAUGCCAAAAACGGAAAUAGACCUGAAAAAGUCCCAGAGAGACUUUUUUAAAUUAGCUAAAUUUCCUCGAGUGAUCGCAGCAAUUGAUUGCCCUCAUGUAAAAAUAAUUUCUCCAGGUGGGGAAGAUGCAGAGCUAUUUCGUAAUAGAAAAGGUAUAUUUUCCAUCAACGUCCAGACGUUAUGUGAUAGUAAUCUCCGCAUCAUAGACAUCGUUGCACGGUGGCCUGGAUCCACUCAUGAUGCUACUAUUUUCCGUAACUCUCAGAUUCUUUGUCGAUUAGAAUCUGGAGAAUUUGGUUCUGGAAUAGUAGUUGCAGACAGUGGUUAUGAAAAUAACCACUUCGUAAUUAUGCCACUAAUGCAUGUCAAUACGAGUGCCGAAAAUCUUUUUAAAGAGUCUCAUAUAAGAACCCGGAAUUGUAUCGAGCGCUCAUAUGGAGUCUGGAAGCGUAGGUUUCCGGUAUUAUCACUGGGCUUGCGCUUGCAUCUAGCAAAAACCCAAAGCAUUAUUGUUGCAACAGCAGUAUUACACAACAUCUGCUGCAAUAAUCGCGAUAUAAUGGCUCCGCCACUUUCAAAUGAAAUUGAAGAUGUUGUAAACAAUAUGAUUAAUAUACCCAAUAAUCGGAAUGCUGAAAGUCAUACAAUAAAUAAUGUUACCAGAAAAUGUUUAAUAGAUAAUUACUUCAGUUUAUUGUAG